AUGACGACCAAGCUCAUCAAGCCUAAGCCAGAAAACGCACCAGUCAAAAGCGAGGAAAUCCCGCACAAAAUCUCCAUCUUUGCCUGCGGAUGUAGAAUCGAAGAUGAGCGACCCAUGCUCGAAAAACUCAGGGCUACUUGGUGCUGUUUCAUGAAAACAGAAGCCCCAAAGCCAGUCGUUGAACGUCUGUUUGGGUUCAGAUGCAAGAACUGUGCUAGUCUCGGUCGAGUUUAUUUCGACAUUAACUUUUAUGUAGCAAGAAGUUAUAGCGAGAACAAAGAAAUAGAAGCAUUUCACCCAAAAAAAGCCAUGAUCCAUAUGUAA